AUGGCACGCCAAUUAGUUGCUCUGGCUCUUGUGUUCGUUGCCCUUGUUGCAGGUGUUUCUGCACAAGCAGUUGAUUCCCCUGCUUCAUCCCCUGAAGCCAGUGCACCAGCUGCAGAUUCAGUUUCUCCUGCAUCGAGCCCUGUUGCUGCCGAUGUAGAAGUUUCAUCGCCACCAGCACCUGCUAGUGAAGCAAGUGCACCCACCGCAGCUCCUACUCAAUCUCCAAUUUCUGCAGCACCUGAGGCUAGUGCACCAAAUGCUGCUGCCGAUGGUCCAGGAGGGGUUUCAUCUGCUGCAGGCGAUGAUUACUACUAA